GGGGCGCAGUUCUCGCUGGAAGAUGAAAACAAACGAACUCGGACGGCGUACACACGGGGCCAGCUGCUGGAGCUGGAGAAAGAGUUCCACUUCAAUAAGUACAUCUCGCGUCCCAGGCGGAUCGAGCUGGCAGCGAUGCUGAGUCUCACGGAGCGCCACAUCAAGAUAUGGUUCCAGAACCGCCGGAUGAAGUGGAAGAAGGACGAGGCCAAGAGGAGGCCGCUCCCGAGCCCCGCCUCCGAGGGUGGCGAGUCCCCGGCCACUCCGCCGUCACUGGGCGACGAGCUGGAGGCGGAGGAUUCCAAGGAUGGCAUCAAGGUCAAGGUUAAAUGCAGCUCCAGCAGUGGGGAGGAGAGUAGUAAAAAAUCG